GUGGGCGGGGCCAGGAUGAAACCGCGGAAAAUUCAAAACGAAGAUGGCGACUAAAAAUAAUUCUCAAAACAAUCUGAGACUGGAUAGAAGGGAGACAAAAUGCAGCGCGUUUCUCUGUCGUGAAAAGCCAGAUGCGAACCAGCCUGUGAUCUUUAACCCGGACUUCUUUGUGGAGAGGUUGAAGCAUGAGCAUCCGCAGACUUUCUUGGAUUUGGUGCUUAGCAACAUCACUCGGCUCAUAGAUCUGCCAGGGGAAGAGUUUGCCCAGCUGACCGGAGAGUUGGAGCCGAAGGUGCCGUCGUCCAGUGGAUUUCUGCGCUCCUUCAACUUCCGGAAACGGAAAGAAAAAGGACUGAUCUUUGGAGCGCCCUUAACUGAAGAAGGAAUAGCUCAGAUCUAUCAGCUCAUUGAGUACCUGAGUAAAAACCUUCAUGUGGAGGGGUUGUUUCGGGUGCCAGGCCACAGCUUGAGGCAGGCGGCCCUCAGAGAGAUGCUGAACACCGCGGCUGAGAUAGAUCUGGAGACAGGUGACUUCCAUCCCAAUGAUGCUGCCACUCUCCUCAAGGUGUACCUGGGAGAGCUGCCAGAGCCUCUGCUCACGCAUAGACAUUAUCACGCUCACCUGAAGAUUGGAGAGUUGACUCACUUUGACGAAAAGGGAAAUAAGACUAAUGUCCCCGAUAAGGAGCGCCAGAUUGAGGCAUUUCAGCUGCUUUUUAUGUUGCUCCCACCGACCAACCGCAGCCUGCUGAAGCUGCUGCUGGACUUAUUGUACCACACUGCCUGCAGUCAGCACAUGAACAAGAUGUCUGCUAUUAACUUAGCCACAAUGUUCGCUCCACAUAUCAUCUGGCCCAAAAAUGUGACGGCAAGUGAUCUCCAGGGAAACAUAGAGAAACUGAAUAACGGGGUAGCGUUCCUCAUCCGUCACUCACAAAAAUUGUUCAAGGCACCUGUCUAUAUCAAAGAAUAUGCUCGAUUAUUUUACACCGGAUCCAAAUCCCUUCAGGCAAAUGAUGACCUGACUCUCUCUUCAGGAAGCAAAACUGGCUCUAUUGCUGCGAUUAUAGCUCCAUCCCCUUCUCCCUCUAUGAGAUCAAUCGCAGGUGAGACUAGCAGCACCGGCACCAUCAAGCCUUCUGAGAAUCAGAGCUAUACUGAGUCUUGCCUCAGAGAACUGUACAUGCAGGUCAACAGCAUGCCAGAGUCUGCCAAGAAGAAAAAACUCAUCAGACAGUUUGAAAAGCAGCCUGACCCGACUUUCUCUGCAGAGACCCGAACACCGUUCAUCAAGAGACACUGGCGUUCUCGCUCUGCUGGUGGAGUAAUUAAGAGGAAGGCACUGGAAGGCCAAAUAUCUGCAGCGAAAGAAAACGGCACACUGCAGAGUCUUCCUCCCUGUUCCUGAAGCGAUGGGUAGAUUAAAGAAAACACCCACAGGGAGAGGGAUUAAUUGCUAUUAAAGGAUUGCGCUCUGGAGACAUCAGUUUGAUCAUCUGGAGUCUUUAUGGAAGGUGGAAAGUUCACAUGAGAUGCAGUGUUUAUCUUUUUAUUAUUACCCUUAUCUGUCUGUUUUUUCCUAAAGUGUGAGACUUAGUGGUUUAUCUAAAGCCAAAGAAGAACUUUUCAGCUUAAACAUUUAAUGCAACAGUUACUAAACAAAUUACUUUGGUAAUUUUAGGUCUGUCAGGUUUCAGUCAGGCUCCAGUGAAUUUGUGGAAUUUAGCAUAAUUGUAUUGUCAAACUAUGCAUUUUUAUUUUAUGCUGUUGUUGUUUAUGUUACAAGACCUUAACUGUGAUGUGUUGCUUUUCCGCUUAUAAUGUGGGACCAAAGCUCUGAACUCAGAGAUGUGCCUUAAACUGAACGUGUCUUAAGUUAUUAUAAAGAUUAGCUCAUAUUCAACAGUUUUUCCCAACAAAUAUGUCGAAAUUUGGGGAUGAUUAUUUUUUUUUGUUUACAUUUAUUUAAAUUAAUGGAUUCUGUAAUUAUAAAAUGAAUACCUGUGAUAAGGAGGUUUACAGAAAGGCAACAUAAUAUAUAUAUUUUUUUCUUCCUCUAACACAAACUUGUGUGAUUUCUUAUACUACUGAUAUUUGAAGCUGUAUUUUCUUUUAGCUCCUAUUUUUAAGCUUUUCCUGGCCCAUCUUUUAUUUCUGUGCACAACUGAGUACAGUUUUAGAUCUUGAAGUGGUGUGUUUGCUGUUUUGGAAAGAGGUUUUUAUAUUUAGUUUCACAAUUUCAUCUUUUUUAUUAUUCUAAUGGUUGAUUCAAUGAGCCUGAAGCAUUUUUAAUCCAGGUUUUUACUGAAAGAGUUUUAGCUGUUACCACUUUUACCUUGUUUUCUUAUGGAGUAAUUCACUUCAGUAAGUUGUUACCCAAUGUGAUAAUUGCUGCUUUGCCUUGUGAAUAAAUUAAUGAUACUGGUGCUUCUGUAGAUCUAUGCAACUUACUGUAAUGCAUUAAGAUGUUUUCUUAAAUUUUGCUUUUUUUAUUCAAACAUUUUGAACCUGUUUUGUAUUUUGAAAGUAAAUAUUUUCUUUUUGCAAUUGUAAAGUCAUGUCCUGCACUUUUAUUUGCAACCACAAGGUGAUGCUGUUUAGUUGCAAAUGGUUGUGAUGUUAGGCCCCUUUCUAAACAACAUGUUACCCUGGGAGAUGAUCGCAUCAGCCGCGCUGCUUUAUUGCCAUCCACGUUUGUUGCUGCAAUGCAAGCAAUACGCUGCUUGUAAAGUUUAGUUGUUUGUGAAUGGAACAUUAAUUUUAUGUUCAUCGCUGCAAAAAGACAAACGGUAACAAAGUUAAAUAUACUAAUCCCUUAAGUAAAGAAUUAUAUGUUGUCCAUGGGUGGCUGGAUGUAUAUGUUAGAAACAUAUGUGAAAGUUAGUCUUUUUAAGUUCUUCACAUAGGCAGCAGUCAGCGUCAGUAAUACGCUGGUUUUACAGCUACAGCUUCAUAUUUCUUUUGUCUUAUCCAUAAUAAGACUGAUGUCUGUGAACUGAAUCUUUCAUGCUCUAAUAAACUCAACAUAAACUGUU